CCUGCAUCUUCGCAUCACCUCCCCUCUACCCUCCCCCUUUCAUUCGUUCACCCACCCACCUCGCACGUCUUCACAAUGGCCGUCCGAGCCCGCUCGCGCAUCGUCAUUGCCCGACUCUUCUCGUCUGCAGGCACAGGAUUUGCCUAUACGACUGUGCGGCCGCGUAUUGCUGACCGGUUGGUGCUGAUGAAGUAUGACCCUAUUGUCAAGCGCCAUGUGCUCUUCCGAGAGCGAGGAAGCUCCAAAUCGUAAAGCUCCCGUUCGUUACUUGGAAUCAGUGGAGGGAGACGAAGGAAAUAGCUUGAUCGAAGUGAGAAGAAGAAGAAGGACCAAGAUGAAGAUGUCAAAGCAAGGGACUCUUCAAGCGAAAGGAGCAUGGAAGAGAUCAAUAGGUCUACCGCUGAGAGCGGACAAGAUUACCACUAGAGGUCAGGAGAUCGCUCCUGAUGAGCGUAGGAGGGAGGAACGCUCGUUCCGAUCUGCAGAGAGCGCAGACAGGACGAUGCUGGGGAAAAGAGAGG